CACCAUAUGUUAGCGUUCUAUUACUGGAGUGUCAAUAAUAUAACGUUGACAGUACAAUUGUCGAUAGUUCUUCAAAAAACAUUGUGAAAAUUGAUUGUAUUUAAGUUUAAUUAUUAAUUUGUCUAAAAUGAACAAACGCAAAAUGCCAACAAAAACGUGUUUCAACCCGUUUUCUAACGAUCCGGCAUGCACUGCCAAACUGAGUGAUUUACGUCCGUUUCCUGUGAAAGACUUAUACAAGUUUCCCGACGCUGAUGAAACCAGCAAAUUAUGUGCAUCAUGUAGAAAGCGUGUUGCAUCCUACGAAGCACCAACAGAAUUAACUACAGAUGAGGUUUUAAGUCAAGCUAGUGCAAGUUUAACUUUGACGCCAGCAUCUGGCAGCACUACAAGUAACUUUAGUGAUUCAUUAAAAGACUAUGAUGACCAUUCGUUGGAAAAUUUAUUACGUAUAAGUCCUGUCAAAAAACGACGGUUGGAUAGACCUAAGUAUUUUAACAAAAAAUUUGAUGAAAUUCAUGCAGCUGUCAAUGCCAAAAUUCAUGCUCAGUUUGGUAUUUUACCGCAAACUAGUUCAGAUGAGUUGCUUAAAGAUUACGAAUCGAUGAUAAAUAAUGUCGAACGAAUUUAUGAAGUUGAAACUAACAGGUCUUUUCAGUUAAAGCUGCUAACAAUUUUGCCAGAAAGUUGGAGUUUAAAUAAAGUAGUAUCUGAGAUGAAUUGUUCAAAGUCUACUGCUUAUGCUGCGAGAAAUGCCGGAGAAGCUUGCCUUAGAAUUCGUGGAAAUCAACCAUUAGAUCGAGAAAUUGAACAACUAGUGAUGAAUUUUUACGAAGAUGAUUUGAAUUCAAGGCAAAUGGCAGGGAUGAGAGAUGUGAAAUCCGUUAAAAAAAGUGAUGGUACUCGAGAGCUAAAACAAAAACGGUUAAUCCUCAGUAACUUACGCGAGUUAUACGCAAGUUUUAAAACCGAGUAUCCAGCAGCAAAGAUUCAGUUUUCAAAAUUUGCUGAUUUAAGACUCAGCACUGUGUAAUAGCUGGGAGUAGUGGUACACAUACUGUGUGUGUGUGUAUAACUCAUCAAAAUAUGAAACUCAUGUUAGAAGGUAUUAAAUUUUCAACUUUAAUUGAAAACAACGGUUGGAUUCAAAAAUCUAAUUCAAUAUAUGCCAAUCUCUUAAAAAAAUUGAUGUGCGAUGAACCUUCGGAAUUGUGCUACAAUCGGUUGUGUAAAAAAUGUCCCGAUAGUCAUGAAAUAAAACAGUUUUUUGAAAAACUGUGUGCUGAUGCCAAUCUAGAGCAAGUAAUAUUUAAAAAAUGGGUAUCAACAGAUCGUUGUACAAUGAUCACAGUAAUUUCAGAAAUCGAUGAAUUUAUCGAUAAUUUAAUUCACCAAUUGAAAAGUUUAUUGAUACAUGAUUAUACAGCAAAAGCACAAAGCACAUACUAUGCUAAUUUGAAGCAGAAUUUAAAAAAAGGAGAAUAUAUCGUGACGUUAGAUUUUGCCGAAAAUUAUGCCUUUAUAGUGCAAGAGUCUGUGCAAGCUUUUCACUAUAAUAAUGAUCAAGCAACAUUAUUGCCAAUGGUCAUUUAUUAUUGUGAGAAUGGUAAAAGCAAACAUUGUAGCUUUGUAGGCGUAUCAGACUGUCUUAAACAUGAUUACGUAUCAGUUUACAUGUUCCAAGAACAAUUAAUUUUUUUUAUGAAACAAAAAUUUGGUCAGGUGCAGAAGAUUUAUUACUUUUCAGACGGAGCACCUCAACAGUUCAAAAAUCGAAAUGCAUUCACAAAUUUAUGUUAUCAUAUGGAGGACUUUCAUAUAACAGCAGAAUCGAAUUUCUUUGCAACUGCUCAUGGCAAAGGACCAUGUCAUGGCUUGGCUGGUUCAAUAAAACGAUUGAUAAGAAAAGCCUGCUUACAAAUGGAAACAAAUUCUCAGAUACUAACUCCACUCCAGCUAUAUCAAUGGGUAUCAAAAAAUCUAUCUACGAUUACUUUUGUUUUUAUUGAAAAUGAACGAUAUUUGGAUUCAAAAGUCAAAUUAGAUGCUCGAUCUUCUCGAUCAAAAACUGUAAAAGGGACCCAAAUGAUACAUUUCAUCGCUCCGAUUCCAAACAAUCCAAGUGUGGUUACAACGAAGUUUGUAUCUAAUUCAGAAACUUACUCUAUCGUUCAACUCUACAAGCCAUCAGCACCUUAAAAGUUACCAACAAAGUUCAUGUAAUUCUGACAUCAAUAAAAAAAAAUCAAAAAAAAAUUU